UCGUGUUGGGAUAGAUUCGCAAGUCCGAAGUAGCGAUGUAACGAUGCCAUGGAGCGUGGAGGCAAGAAAAACUGGAAAUCGUCGAUUUAUCCGAUAAACUCGUCCUGAUUCCGCUUUCCGGCGCACGUUGCUGUCAAUUUCGGCGUGCAAAAUACGGAAUUCGCGGGUCGUUUUACAACUGCGGCAACAAGCCUGCGGCAAUCGCCAUCCCGUUCUAUCGGAGGAUCUAUUGGAGAUCGGAGCGCACGAGGAAGAGGAAGAAAUCGACCGGCACUCCAAAACGAGUAUGAGAGAUAAAAAAUGAGGUGUCUAAUCUUGACCCUCGGUCUGCUGGUUUCGGUGCAAGGACCUACUCAAUGCACGGCCGAUCACAGGACACAGGAGAAUCGUGCAUCCGAGCCGCUCGAUCGAGGACCGUACUUUGAUGUUUCGGUCUCUCGCAACGUGACAGCCCUCGUCGGGAAAACAGCGACGCUGAAUUGUCGAGUACGAAAUUUAGGUGACAAAACGGUGUCAUGGGUGAGACACAGGGAUAUCCAUCUUCUCACCGUGGGCGUCGAGACGUACACGUCGGACCAGAGAUUCGUUGCGUCGCAUUUUCCUCACACGGAGGACUGGACGCUACAAGUGAAAUACCCCCAACGACGAGAUUCUGGCACAUACGAGUGUCAAGUGUCUACGACGCCACCCAUAGGUCAUUCCAUGCUCCUCUCCGUCGUCGAGCCAGUGACGAUAAUCAUCGGAGAACCAGAAAUGUACAUAAACAAGGAUAGCACUAUGAACUUGACCUGCGUCGUGCGACAUAGUCCUGAGCCACCCUUGGUUAUUUACUGGACUCACGAUCAUGAGGUGAUCAAUUAUGACAGUCCGAGAGGCGGGGUAUCGGUUAUCACGGAGAAGGGCGAGGUUACGACGUCAUACCUUUUAAUUCAACGUGCUCAACCGGCAGACAGCGGACAAUACACCUGCCAUCCCAGUAAUGCUAAUACAAAGACAGUCUUAGUACAUGUACUUAAUGGGGAACAUCCAGCUGCGAUGCAGCACGGCGGACAGCUCAGAUUAGCCAAUUUACCUUUUGUAAUGAUCUCGACGACGCUUUUGACCUUCUUGAAUCAUCCAUAUUAGAAGUAGAGCUGGACCAUCGUAAACGUUAGUUAGAUAUAUUCCUUUCGAUUUUUCUGUCGCACUUCAACCGUUUGAUUUUUCCUCUCACGCAACACUCUACGC